AGGUAUGUCUGAUUCAAACAAGAGUCAAAAGUACAGUACAAGAACAAAAUGCCUGUAUAUCAUGUUGUUCUCUUCCGUCUCAAACCGGGCGUCACGCCCGCACAACUCAGUCACUGGAAGGAAACAACACAGGGAAUGGUAGGGAAGAUACCAGGCUUGGUUUCUCUGCGCGCGGGUCCUCCCCUCCCCAUCUCCAUCCCGAGAGCUCAAGGGUUCGAUAUGGGCCUUGUUGCUGUACUGGAGUCGCCGGAACAUGUGGCGACGUAUGCCGUGCAUCCGGCCCAUUUGGAGGUUCAGAAGAUGCGAGAGGAGCUGUGUGAUGACACGCUGGCGUAUGAUCUAGAGUUCUGAUAGGAGUCUCUCAAGGAGAAAAAAAAAAAAAAAAA